GACAUUAUUGACCAAAUUAGUGUGGAUCGCUGGCCUGUACCUCAAGGACACAGACCUCUUCGUGCUACCGGAGCUGCUCUAGCUGUGGCUGUCACUUUGCUAGAGCAAUGUUUCCCAAAUACUGGCGCCAGAAUCAUGGCGUUCGUUGGAGGCGCGUGCACCUUCGGACCAGGAGCUGUUGUAGGAGAGGAACUGAAGACGCCUAUCCGCUCGUGGCAUACUAUUAAGGAGGAUAAUGCUAUUUUCAUGAGGAAGGCUACAAAGUUCUACGACUCACUUGCAUCGCGUGCAGUCAAAAAUGGUCAUGCCAUCGACAUCUACUCUUGUGCUCUUGAUCAAACUGGUUUGCUAGAAAUGAAGAACUGCUUCCAUUCCACUGGAGGUAGGCAGCUUUUCGUUUAUGUGAAAAUUUAUCCCCCUUUGUUUUUUCUCCAAAGUAAUGUCGUAAUGGGAGACUCAUUCAACUCGUCGCUUUUCAAACAAACAUAUCAAAGAGCAUUUGACAAGGAUGCCAAUGGUCAAUUGAAAAUGGGUUUCAAUGCGACUAUG